AUGUUGCUGAAGAUCUUCUCUCUUGUCGUUUACAGCGCUGGACUGGCGCGAAGCGCCAGCAUUGAUAACAAAGCUUGGCAGGCAGCAUUUAAAAAAGCCGACAAAUUUGUUUCGCAACUCAAUCCGUCAGAAAAGAUCGGCAUGAUUACUGGAACCCUUGAUCUUAGUAGCAGUGGGUGCAUUGGCAACAUCGUUCCUAUUGAAAGACUGGGUUUCCGAGGGCUCUGCCUCCUUGAUGGCCCCCAAGCUCUCAACCGUGCAGAUCUUGUCAGCAUUUUCCCUAGCGGUUUAACAGCAGCUGCAACAUGGGACAAAGAUCUUAUCUUUGCAAGAGGCAAGGCAUUGGGUGAAGAAUUCAGAGGCAAGGGUGGCCAUGUCCUCUUAGGUCCUGUUGCCGGACCACUUGGACGCCAUGCUCUCGGAGGGAGGAAUUGGGAGGGAUUCUCCCCGGAUCCGUAUCUCACAGGCCGAGCCAUGGAAAGCACCAUCCAAGGCAUUCAGUCCGUUGGGGUUCAAGCAUGCGCCAAGCACUACAUCGGAAACGAGCAAGAGACUCAACGAUCAAAUACCUUCGACGCAGACGGAACCGAGAUUGAUGCCAUCUCCUCCAAUAUUGAUGACAGAACUCUUCACGAGCUGUAUCUGUGGCCGUUUGCAGAUUCUGUCAAAGCCGGCGUCGCGAGCUUCAUGUGCAGCUACAACCGCGUUAACCAAACCUACGCGUGCGAAAACGACUUCAUACUGAAGGAUAUCCUCAGGGACGAACUUGGUUUCAAGGGAUACGUCAUGUCAGACUGGUUUGCGACACAUUCAGGAGUCAAGUCUAUCAAUGCCGGCCUUGAUCUGAAUAUGCCUGGAGUCCUUGACGCCAGUUCAUUGGCAACGGGAGCCAGCUACUGGGGCGGCAACAUCACAAAGUAUUUGAACGAAGGCACCGUGUCGCAAAAACGGAUCGACGACAUGAUUCGGAAAAUCAUGGCCCCGUACUACUUGCUCGGUCAAGACAGCGCAGACUUCCCCACGGUCGAUCCCUCGCUCAUUCUCACUUUGGCUGCGACGGUUGGAUUGUCAAUUGGAAAUGUGGACAUUCCCAGUCGAGAUGUUCAAGGUGAUCAUGCAGUCUUUAUCCGCCAGAUGGCAUCCGAGGGCACCGUUUUGCUGAAGAACACCAACUCGGUGCUACCGCUCAAGUCGCCCAAGUCCAUCGGAGUUUUCGGCAACGAUGCAGCCGACCCUACGGAUGGACUCACCUAUACCGAUGCCUAUGAAAUUGGCACUGUUGAUAUUGGCGGUGGCUCGGGAACCGGCCGUCACGUCUAUCUAGUCUCGCCUUUGGAGGCAGUGCGAGCGCAGGCCGCGAAGAUUGGUGCUCGACUGCAACACAUCAUUCAUAACAAAGUCCUCGCAGCUAAUACUUUCAUCGGCCUAUAUCCCACCCCAGAAGUCUGCCUUGUCUUCCUUGGCACCUAUGCAUCUGAGGGGUGGGACCGUACUGAGUAUGAGGCAGACUGGAAUUCAACCCUCGUCGUCGAGAAUGUCGCCAAGAGAUGCCCAAACACAAUCGUCAUCACGCACUCUGCCGGUAUCAACACAAUGCCGUGGGCUGAGAAUGAGAACGUCACCGCCAUUAUUGCAGCUCAUCUCCCAGGACAAGAAUCAGGCAACUCCAUCGUGGACAUUUUGUGGGGUAAUGUCAAUCCUUCUGCAAAGCUUCCGUAUUCAAUUCCCGCCAACGCGAGUGACUACGACAUUCCUAUUGUCAAUCUCACCAACGCAGAGGUUACUAGCCCUGACGCAUGGCAAUCCGACUUUACCGAGGGGCAGUUUAUUGACUACCGCCACCUGGAUGCAAACGACAUCGAUCCUCUCUACGAGUUUGGGUUCGGCCUGAGCUACACCACUUUUGAGCUGCAACGCCAGGUGAAGGUAGAGAAGCUUGUCUCCACACUUACAGCUAGACCUCCGAAGACCAAGGUGUCCAGUCCUGGCGGCAAUCCCAAGCUCUGGGAGACAGUUAUCAAGGUCCGUUCCAAAGUCACCAAUACGGGCUCCAUCGCAGGCGCCACAGUUCCACAACUGUACGUGUCUUUUCCGCAGAGUAGCACCCCAGCCGGGACCCCCCUUCACGUGCUUCGAGGGUUUGAGAAGGUCUUCUUGGAACCGGGAGAGUCGAAGAACAUUGUCUUCGAGCUGCAGCGCCGAGAUGUUAGCUUUUGGGAUGUCAAGGCUCAGGAUUGGGUCGUCCCCAAGGGAUCUUUCGGAUUUCGUGUCGGUUUCAGCUCCCGUGACAUCAAGAGCACAAAAAGCAUGGUUCUCAGGGGUUAGUCUCGGUUAAGGGAAGUAGCAUACAAGCUAGCCCUACUAGUGGAAUGAAAGGGACGAUGCCAGGAGCGGAUGAACUGGAUGAUGAUGACUAGGGGGUUAGCUAUGCGUGACAGACGGUGGGUGUGUCUCAGGGGGGAUCAGCUCUGUCGCUACGUGCCUAGCAUCUCAGGCAAAAUACGGGACAAGUCGGAACAAGGGUCGGACAGUCAGGUCCACCAACACCCACAGCUAGGACAGAGAGGGCAGCGGUGAACGCACGCACUGUAUUUAGCAGGGGAUUCCCUCUAAC